AGCUAUGGCAGGACCCAGGCCAGUGGUGCUGAGUGGCCCGUCAGGGGCUGGGAAGAGCACGCUGCUCAAGAACCUGCUCAAGGAGUACGAGGGCAUCUUUGGCUUCAGCGUCUCGCGUAAGUGUGCUCUGCACAAGUCCCCUGUUAACCAUGUAAAAUGUCAGGGAGGUGUCAGUUACAGAAAUAAAAUAUCUAAUUGUGUGCUCUCAUCCCUCAGAUACAACAAGGAGCCCUCGUCCUGGUGAAGAGAAUGGUAAAGGUAGGUAGGGUUUUUAAACUCCAAGAUAGACACUUGUACUCCAAAUCCUCCUGCUACAUCACUUUAGUUAGCUUCAACCAUAUUUGGGGGACCUAUGCUGUCCCCUGUGUCUUAUUCUUUUCAAUAACCAACCUUUUAAAUUGUUGUUUCAGAUUACCAUUAUGUUACAAGGGAGUAUAUGCAGGCCAGCAUCGACAAAGGGGAGUUCAUUGAGAGCGCAGUGUUUUCGGGGAACAUGUACGGGACGAGCAAGGCCUCCGUGCAGGCCGUCAAGGACAAGAACCUGAUCUGCAUCCUGGACAUCGACAUGCAGGGCGUGAGGGCGGUCAAGACGACAGACCUCAACCCCAUCUACGUCUCGAUCCAGCCUCCGUCCAUGAAUAUCCUGGUGAGAGCCAGGAGGCAUUAUAAAAUGGUUUACCAGGGUCAUUCUUGUCUUGUUUAACUUGUAUAUUAUUGGUUAUAUACGUGCAAUAUGGUUAUAAAUGUGUAGUAACUCCUGAUCUAAAGCUACCCACCCCCCCCAUGACUUAGUCUCCCUCUGUCAUUUGGCAUUUUAGGAGAAACGUUUAAGGGACAGAAAGACUGAGUCAGAGGAGAGCCUCCAGAAACGUUUAGAUGCUGCUCAGGUGGACAUGGAGAUAAGUGAGUCUGAUUCUGGAGAGACUUUGGCCGAUAACAGAGUUGGAUGUUUAUAAAUGAAAUGUUGAGAAUUUGUUGAAGGAUGUUGUCUAAAACGUUUCCCCCCCCCAUCUUUCAGGCAAGGAACCUGGCAUAUUUGACGUUGUCAUUGUCAAUGAUAAUCUUGACAAUGCCUAUGGGAAGUUGAAAGACGCCCUUAUUGAGGUGAGUUUGUAUCGACAUAACAUAGCUGGGUAUGAUGGACUGGGCCAUAUGCACCAUUUCACUUGCCAGUAAAUCCUAAAUCAUUAAUAUAUAUUUGUCAGUGUUGAAUUUCACCAUCUCCAAAAUGUCAUCCUCAAACCUAUUUUUUAUUUUUUCAGGAAAUCAAAAAAGUCCAGAAAACCAACUUGUCGUCUUAAGCGAGAAGAAACCUGACAGCCAUCCUGGCCACUCCUUACAAAAUGGCAGCCCCCUAUUCCAAUCCUGAACAUUCCGUCAGAUACUGGUGUGGGAAGGAACUCCAGACAACAUGCCUCACCCUGAACCACAGAUGGUAGCCUUUUGAGUGUGCAGGAAUAUCUAGCCUAUGUUUUUACAUAUUUGGAAGAUAUAGGCAGGUAUUAAGAUGAUAAAAUACUGUAAAUAGAGAUAGUUCACUUCUAUUUUGCUGUUUUUAUUUCUUUGGCUGGUGGUCAGUUUCAAAGUUGUUGUAUUUUGAUCCACAAAGAAAAAUACUCCAUUAAUGGUUAACCUGGGACUGAGAUGGUCCCUAAUAUGUUUUGCUUGUUUUAUUUUACUAUGAAGGAGUACUGCACACAGGAGAUUCUGUCGCCAAUUCAUUCUUCUGUCCAUCUACCAGUAUGAUAGCCCCAAAGCAUUCUAUUUGUAUUCACUCUGACCAUAAUAACAAGACCCAUUCCAUCUACUGGAUAAACAAGUUUGCUCAGCAAGAGUGGACACUUGUAUGGUAUGUUCGCAAAUGUCAUGGCUUGCCGCAAAGACUAGCCCUGUCAGUACUACUUUAGAACAUUUCUGUUCUGUUCCUGUCUAGCAGAACUGACCUAAAAAUGUGGUUGUACGGAAAUGCAUUGGUUGUCAUAUUAGCCACAGCAUGGUUCAACAGAUAUAGCCGGAAAUGUAAAAGAGUAGAAAUAUUUUUUUAUGUUGCCUUUUCAUUCUUUUUGAAAGAGGGAUUUCUGACUCACAAUAGUGCGUCAACAUAGAGCAGCUAACAACCAAUGCCAGGGGCCUGGGCACUAGCUAACUCUGGCUCUUAUGUAGUCAUACAGGGAAGCACCAUCCAUUCAUAUUACAGCCGAUCUCAGGAACUCACUGUAGCCUAGCUGCUGUUUGCUAGGGGUCCUAGUCAACUUGUUGGAAGUUUCCCUGUAGGUUUUACCAUACUAUUGAAAUGAUGAUAGAAUGACUUAAUUCACCAAUAAAAUCAAAGAUUGCCAUUUAGGAUUUACAAUCAUGUUAAUCACUCUAUAACAGCUAUACAGUUUAGCUGAACUUCCUGAAACCACGACUUACCCCUAAUAGAUGUUUUGUUGUUCACUGUUGUUGUACAGGCGUGAAACUUUUACAUUGUAUAUGUUUUGUGUUUUUUAUCAUUAUUGUACUAAUCUUACCUGUAGUAUAAUGAUAUGCAGGGGGCCUUUUUUGGACAGAAAAUGAUUGAAUGAGAAUAAAAGAUCAAUGGAAUAUUAAAUAAAUGGAGCAAAUAGUGUCAGUCCUCAAAGGAAAAUAAAGAAAAGCUUAAAACACGGAGCAUCAGCUUUACUUGAAACUGUCUACAUUGAAUUCCACAAAACCUGUCUUUUGUUCUAAGUCAAGGCAUCCUUUUAAAAAGGCUACAUUGUCCCAGCAGCUUUUGAUGUCUUUUAAGUUUGUAGUUUGACAUGCCUUGUUUUACAAGGCAACUUCCAUUCACAACCCAAAUUCAGUGCAUUGGUAACUAUUAUUUGACAUAGGCUACUGUGGCCCAUGACUAUGCUCCACUGCUUAUUGUCCUUUGUAUUUGAUUUCCCUUUGAACAUGAAUUUCAUUCCUUUGCACAAAUUACUUAUUGAAACAUAUUUUUAUGUAACUUUUUCACAAACCAACUUUUCAAUGAUUUAGGGCUCUAUUCAAUCUGU